AUGUUAGGCCGAACCCUGGUCUCCGCCACCUCGGCAGCGACAUCAUCAAUGCGGUUCUCAGCGAUGGCUUGCACACGCAGCAACGCAAAUGCUCUCCGACAUCAAGCAUUCGGCGCUCAAAGAAGCUCGCCACUGCUAAGGAUGGCUCAUACAUGGGCGCUUGAAGCCAGUCGACCAAGCCCUAGCUCAUUCCACUCAUCCAGGCCCGCAUCAAUUUCGCUUAGAACGAGCUUACUAAAAAACCACACUUCAGCUUUCAGCACAACAUCACGGAGCCUUGCCGCUUCGACACCUCACUCUUCAUCAUCCUCCACCGCAGCCGGUGCACCGACCUCACGAGCAGCAGCAUUGACGGAAGAAUUCCAACGCCAUCAACGCGAAUCAUAUAAGCGACGCAACCAGUCCCUCUUCAUGUACUCUGCGGCCCUGAUGGUCUUUACUCUCGGCUUCAGUUAUGCAGCCGUUCCCCUCUAUCGUGCUUUUUGCUCAGCAACUGGAUUCUCCGGUACUCCCAUUACCGACCCUGAGCGAUUCGCACCCUCUCGUCUCAUUCCUGCCUAUCUCGAUCCCACCACGAAUGCCCCGACAAAGAGGAUUAGAGUAACAUUCAACGCAGACGCAUCAGACGCAAUCCCUUGGUCCUUCACCCCUCAGCAAAAGGAAAUUUAUGUGUUGCCAGGUGAGACUGCACUAGCAUUCUACACGGCAAAGAAUAAGAGCGAUAAAGAUAUUAUCGGUAUCGCUACCUAUAAUGUCUCUCCUGACAGGAUCGCACCAUACUUUGCCAAAGUGGAAUGCUUCUGUUUCGAAGAACAGAAACUCUUAGCCGGGGAAGAAGUGGAUCUUCCGGUGUUCUUCUUUAUCGAUUCGGACGUAUUGGACGACCCGAGUACGAAGGGUGUAGAUGACGUGGUCUUGAGCUAUACGUUCUUCUCUGCUAGAAGGAAUUCCAAGAAUGGUCAAUUGGAACCUGACACCGAUCUCAGCAAGUAUACUGUUGGAAAGGAUCUUUAG